CGUCAGUUCGAACCGAAGUUUUGUCACGACUGGGCCAACUCCCAGAACAUGGGUUCUUCGUUGUUCCGGCCUCUGCAGCCUAAGAAGUUCGACGAGCCUCCGGUGGCCGCUUCCCCUGUUCCCCCAGAUGCAUCUGAAGCGCCGACCACCCCGGAGCAAGCGCCCUUGUUUAAAAACUGCUGGAGUUGCCGGGUGCUCUCCGGGUCGGGACUGAUAGGGGCAGGCCUUUACGUGUACUUGGUGGCGCGGAAGCCUAUGAAGCUGGGAUAUGCUCCGGGUCCAGGCCCUAUUGCCCAGAUGGUCAUCGGCAUCAGCAUUGCUUGUUGGGGUAUAGUUAUCCUGGCAGACCCUAAAGGAAAGGCCUACCGGGUUGUUUGAAUGAACAAUGAACUUGUCACCUCUUACCCCUGGACCCAUUACACAGGAAGCAUGGGAUUUAUGGUUGUUCUGGACAGACGUGUGGAGGAGCUUUGUCUUCACUAUUGGGAAUACUACAACACUGAAAAACAAUGAAAACAUUGGUUGUCAUACCUUGACUGUGAGUGUGGCUUUCUUGUCAGGUUUCAGAGGGAUCAAUAAAUCCCUUAGAGAAGAAAA